AUGUGGAGAAGACAGAGAGGACAGAACUCUGUAUACAAUUCAAUAGAGUACACUGUUACCAAUCGGGCUCCAACGACCCCUGGUGGCAUCCGAUUCAGUAACGAACUCGGAGACAAUUACACCAUAAAGGCGAUGGAUCAGGCAACUAUCUUCUUCUGGAGACUUUUCCAGCAAAAUACUGAAGCGGACAGAAAGGACGUGCCCCGUGUGUCCUUGUUUGUCGACGACAUGGAAGGGAUCGCCUACGCAAGCAACAACGAGAUUCAUGUAGGUGACGAUUACAUUCAAGGCAUUAAAGGUGACAUCAAGUGGGAUUUCAAUGGUGUGCUUUACCAUGAGAUGGCACACACUUGGCAAUGGGACGGGUCCGCGGGCACGAAAGCUCCUGUUGGAUUGAUUGAAGGGAUUGCUGAUUUUAUGAGGCUAAAAGCUAACUAUGCACCAAGCCAGUGGGUGAAACCAGGGCAAGGUGACAGUUGGGAUCAAGGGUAUGGUGUUACAGCUAGGUUUCUGGACUACUGCAAUGAUCUUAGAAAUGGGUUUGUGGCGGAACUUAACAAGAAGAUGAGGGUUACUUACAGUGAUAACUUCUUUGUUGAGUUGCUAGGAAAGCCUGUUGAUCAGUUGUGGAGGGACUACAAGGCCAGUUUUGGGAACUAAGAAUGCAUCACGUACCAUUAUAUUAUAGCAACAUAUAACUUUGAUGUAUACUAGUAGAAAUAAGACAACUAAAUGAGGGAUUGCCCUCUAAUUAAAUUAUAAAUAAAUUUGCCACUAAAUUCGAAGGCCGUGUAUCCGUUUUAUAUUCA